AUGGAUAUCAUUGUUCAGCCGAACAUCCAUACGUACAAAAGUGCAUUUUUCAUGGUCAUGGAUUAUAAGAAUCGUGGGAUUCCGUCAGGGAUGGCUAAGAUUUUGAUAUGUACUAUGUGUGGUUGUUUCGGCACAACAAUCUAUGGAAUCGCGGUUCAUUUCAUCUACAGACUAUUUGCAUUGGAGAGACAAGGCCGUCUCCGAUUCUUCCAGGAAAAGUACCUGAUACUCUGGUUCCUUCUCCCUAUUGCGGGAGGUGCUGCAUGGUUUUCCGUUUGCUUCACACUGUUCUCUAUGGAUCCACUGAAAUCGGAAUAUAUCAGACAAACUACGAAAGAAUUCUUUGAUUUGAAUAUCGACGACGCUGCCUAUGCGGGAGCAGCAUUUUAUCCAUAUGACAGAAAUGGGACUCAGAUUAUCAACAUGAGAAGUUUCUAUGGGUUCGGACUGUUUCUAACUGUCAUGUCAGUCCCAUUUAUGGUUGUGUUGUAUGCCGGUGGGAAGAGUUACAUGAUUAUUAGUGCACUGUUGAAGCAAGGAGAGACGAGAUACGCAAAGAAUUUACAGAUGCAAUUGUAUAAGGCACUGGUGGCACAGACCGUCAUCCCAAUAUUCCUCCUCUUCAUCCCCUUCGGAACCAUUUUCAUCCUUCCCAUCUUCGAAAUAAACUGUCAAUUUCUAUCAGCUCCAAUUACAUUUGUCUAUGCCCUGUACCCGGCAGUCGACCCAUUGCCUAUUCUAUUUUUUGUGGAUUAUUAUCGGAUGGCAAUUACAGAUAUAUUCAACAAAAUCCGGUGUAAAAGUCCAAGAGUUGGAAUAUACGAGGAGGAUCCUUCGAGAAGCAAUGAUCGUAUCUAG